CAUUAGUAACCAACACUGUCAACAUCCGGCGAUCAUAGAGAGAUAUAACUGUUUUGACCGGAAAGGAACGAACAUCAUAUAUAAACGUUUAGAUUUUGAAAAGCUGAACAAUGUAUAGAGCAGAAUUCGGUACAAGUGGAGGUACAAACAUUAGAGAGCGAGGACCAUACAACGCUAUUCCAUUUUACAACUAUCUUAGUGGAACGGGAAAGUCGCAUGCCUAUAGAGGUCCUGGAUACUAUGUUCCAUCUGAGAACAGAUGGAUGGCAUUUCACGAAUACAGAUCAUUACCACGUGAAACCAAGAGAGAUGCUAUUUUGUUUGAGUCUGAAGAUGAUUGGGUGACAUUCCAAAGGAAAAGGGAUUCCGAACAUCCACCAUCGGGUAUAUCUAUGUCUGGUGUUCCAACACAAUAUACUGGUGUACCUGUUCCGACCUUACUACCAUCACAGUCUUCAGCGUGGAGUCGCCGUUGGACAGGAUCAGGUUACUACUUACCUUCCGGAAAUAAAUGGUUCCGUGACCAAGAUAGUCCAGGAAUUCCGAGAGAAUCAAUGUUGUUCAUUAACGAAGAGGAUUGGAUAAAAUUCAAAUAUGCAUCAGACAAUCCUAUCAUACCUAAAUAAUUCAGACAUUUAAAAAAAACAUUUUUUAUUGCAAUGCCGAUAACUGUAAAAAACAACAUAAUGUGUUGAUAAGUAGAUUAAAAUACCUUCAUGAUAUUUCCACGAAAUGGUAAAUAAAUGUAUUGUUUUUGGCAUUUAUUAUGCAUUAUCGGAUUAUUACGUGUGGUGUUGUCAUAUAUGAAAGCUAGAAUGCUAUAUAUACAACUCUUUGUUUCCGAAAAUGCUAUUUUACUCCAAAGUAACCUUGAUUGAACAUACGUUAACAGAGCACUGUUGACAUUAUUAUGAAGGUAUCAAAAGUGACUUCCUUGUGACUUUAACUAUAUAUUAGAGAAUAUUACAUUCAAAUCAAGUAUUUCUUGUAGUCUUUCACAUAAAAUGGUGGUAAACCAUUUUUAUUGUUUUUGUUUAUUGAAUAAAUUUGUUACCAGCAUUA